UUCCAGAAAAUUUAUUGGGAUAUAUGAUUCCUCAUUACACUGCUUUCCAGGAAAUUGGCAUUUUGGCAAGGUAUAUACCCCUUCUUUCCCAAAGAGGAAUGUUGCAGUAUUCUAGCCUGACAGGUGUUCAUAAAUUUCUUCAGAGAAAUUGGACACAUUCUUUUUCCACAGUACCCUCAGCUGUGAAAUAGAGGCCCCCAAACGGAGACGGGAAUAUUGGGAAUAUCCAUGCUGGAUGUGUUUGUUUCUGCAGUUUGUUCCUGGAGGCGUUUUGCUACACGUGCCCCUCCUGCCCAGAACACGGGAAGUCAGUGUUAGCAGGGGACCAUCAUGGGUUGCUUCAUCCACCAUUGGAAGGAAAGGACAAGAGGAUGCUGGAUUAAGGAUAUAUUGGCUGAAGUCUCCAUGAGUAAACCCACAGGGAUGCUUCCGCUUUCCUUCCUCUCAAAGGGAGCAGAUUCAUGCACGGUGUUAAGUUGCAAAUAGCAUGUGCAAAUAACACUGCCAAGUUGGUAAGAUGAACUGCACAGCAGGGUCACUGGCACAGACAUCUAAAACCAAAUUAUUCCGCCUUUUUCGCGGCUUAUCCUUGGCAACACCAGCAGCCUCCCAGCCGCACGUGGAACAUUACGCGGAUUCAGGCUGGGUUUUUAACACGUCACUCAGCCCUCCGCACAGGAGACAAGGUUGCUUAGCACGCUUUAAGAAAGCAGCCUUUAUAACAUUUUAUCCCUAAAUAUUUAAUUGGGCCUUUUCGCUCUCUCUCCCGGCGCCUUUCGCGACAGGCGCGGCGCGGGCGCGCUUUACGGCGGGCCGUUGCCGCAGUAACGACGCGUCGGGUCGGGAACCGCCGCCGUCCGCGGUGCCUCCAUCCCGGUCCUGUCCCUGCAUCCCGGUCACCCCGCCGCACGGCCCGCGCCCUCCCGCCAUGGCCAUGGACAAGUACCAGGUGCUGGGGCUGGUGGGGGAAGGCAGCUACGGGGUGGUGACCAAGUGCAGGAACAGGGAGAGCGGGCGGAUCGUGGCCGUCAAGAAGUUCCUGGAGAGCGACGACGACGCGGCGGUGAGGAAGAUCGCCCUGAGGGAGAUCAAACUGCUCAAGCAACUCCGGCACGAGAAUCUGGUGAACCUGCUGGAUGUGUGUAAAAGGAAGAAGAGGUGGUACCUGGUGUUUGAAUUUGUGGAUCACACUGUGCUCGAUGACCUUGAGGCCUCUCCCAAUGGAUUGGAUUACGACAGGGUUCGGAAAUACUUGUUUCAGAUUAUCAGAGGACUUGCCUUUUGUCACAGCCAUAAUAUAAUCCAUCGGGAUAUUAAGCCAGAAAACCUACUGGUUUCCCAGUCAGGAGUUGUGAAACUGUGUGACUUUGGAUUUGCCCGGCCCAUUGCAACCCCUGGGGAAGUUUACACGGACUACGUGGCCACCCGCUGGUACAGAGCCCCGGAGCUGCUGGUGGGGGACAGCAAAUAUGGCAAGCCUGUGGAUGUGUGGGCUACUGGCUCCCUGAUAACAGAAAUGCUUACAGGAGAGGCCCUUUUCCCUGGAGACUCAGACAUUGACCAGCUCUUCCAUAUCACCAAGUGCCUGGGUAACUUAAUCCCAAGACAUCAGGAGUUAUUCUAUAAAAACCCCCUCUUUGCUGGCAUGAAGUUGCCUGAGGUGAAGGAGCUGGAAUCCCUGGAGAAACGCUAUCCCAAGCUCCCUCCUGCCGCACUGGAUUUAGCCAAGGAGUGCUUGCAGAUUGACCCAGACAAGAGACCAUCCUGUGCCGAGCUCCUGCAGGGCAAUUUCUUCAACAAGGACGGCUUUGCUGAAAGAUUUACCCAGGAGCUUAAACAAAAGAUCUUGAAAGAUGCCAUACGCCAUCAGUUCCAUAAAAAAUAUAAAAUCAAUAAAAGGGACAAAGAUGAUGUUUUACAAGAAAGAAAAAUGAUCAGCGUCCAGGAUUUCACCAUGGGACCAAAGACCAAAGAUGGAAAGCUGAUGAAGCCCAACCUCUCUAAAGCUGAUGCAGAGAAAGCAGAUCAAUCCUCCAAGCUGGGCUUUCUCUACGACACCACAACCAACCAGUUUAAGUUCAGCCCUCAGGCCAACCUGAGAGAUUCCAGCAGCAGUUUGGACUACACCAAGAACCCAGGCACAGUUAUCCCUCCCAUCAACCAGAACUUCUCUCCUACACUUGGGAUGGGUUCUGGGCCUGGGGGCCUUAAUUACAGACUUGAUGGAAAGAGUCAAAAGUACUUGAACCCGUUGCUAAAGGCACGGAAGCCUUCUCCACUGGCCCGUUGCAGUGUCAGCUUGACACCAGUUACUAAUGAGAAACCCAUCCUUCAGGCAAAUAAGAAAAAAUGGGAAUUCCUCAAGACAAAUGUACGUUUGCCAGAAUUGAGUCAUCUCCCCGAGCUGAGAGGAGUGGAAGCUCGGCAUACUAGAUUUCUGAAAAAGGAAAAUAGAACAUUUGCAGAGUCCCGAGUCCCCUCCCUCGCUGCUAUCGACCUUCAUAACUCAAAUCUGGCUUCACAGCAGCUGUCAGGCACCUUGAUGCCGGAUGCAUCAGAAGCAAACUUCCCCAGGGUCGAGCACUAGCCCUGGGGAGAGGGUCACACCUGCCUGUAAAAGGUGGCUGAGCAGUGGGAACAGUCCAUCUGAGUUCCCAGGGGCUAAAGCUGCCAGGUCUGUCUGCAGGGGAGAGGAGGAUCCCUUACUCCUGUUGGUGCAGCAGGCUGCCACGGAAGCGGCUCGGUCCGGGCUGAGGAUGGAGCUUGCACUGCCACUGCUGCUGGAUUCCUUGCAUGCAAAAAGCCCCUGGAAUGUUGACUUUCUGGCUUAGGGCCAGGUCUUGCCUGAGAAGAGUAGUGUUCACUGGUGUGUGACAAGGGCAGGAGCUGGUUUGGACGACUGAAGGAAGCUGGGCUUUCUUUUGUCCAGCUGCUGCCCGCGUGAGUGAUUUAUUUUUCAUUGGAUAGUGACGAAAGCAGCUGCCAAAAUUCCCGUAUUUUGGUGGGCUGCCUGAUCUGAAUUGAAAAGCACCUUUGCCUUGACAGUGAAGAAAACAUUUGUGUAAGAAAUGCAAUAUUUAAAUGUGCAAAUCUGCAGCUGUUCCUUUGAAACCCUUGCUAAUGCACUUGUCACUUUGUUUUAGGUUCCUUUUCCCUUCACAUUUUUGACCCCAUGUUUGGGAAAUUGUCUUUGGGGUGUUUACCUGGGUAUGUUGUCUGGCUGUUGUUGAUGGUGAAGGAAGGAAUAUCCCUGUGGAAUACUGAGCUGUGAUGCAGGUAACAUAUGGAAUGUCUCAGUAACUCAAGUCAUCAUUCCUUUAGGUCCCUUAGGAGAAUGGGACAGUAAAACUCGACUGUUUGGAAACAAUUUUUGCUUAUUUGCCCUUAGUUUGUCUGUGGUCAGUUCUGGUCUGUCCCCUGUGUUGCUCACAACUGUUUUCCGUCACCUGUCACAACUCCCGUGGUGUCAUUAACUUUGGAACUUAUUUUUCCACAAAACACAGACUUUCCCAUCGAUGGAUCAUGACUGAAUAUGGUCUGAACUCAUUGUAUUUAGGGAUUUGUCUCUGUGCUGUCUCUUGACAUGUAUAUUUCACUUGUAAAUAAAAAAAUCUUCCAGUUCCAGG